AUCGCCUUUCUCUUUCUCUGUACAAUUCCCAUUCGGUAUAGGCUUUCUCCAAAUUUCUGGGCAUUGUUUCUCACUCUCAGUCUUCAGAAUUCUUGAAAUUCCGGGCAGGGGAGGGGAGAUGAUUUGCGAGUGCGAGCGCAUCCGUGCCGCGGCGUUUCCGAUCCCGGAGUGCGGCUACAUUUCAACGAGCGCGGUGGUGAAUCGUGUCUUGAGGGAUCUCCGCUACAACAAUCCCGGCGAGGCCUGCGGCUACAUCCUGUCGGUGACCAAAGUGGUCAUCACAGGAAAGCCGAGGCUGUCGUCGUCGGGGAAAUUCGUCUUCGUCCGGGUGAAUCUCCGCUUCCGCAGCUUCCUGCCCACCGCCGGCGAAACCAUGGCCGGCACGGUCUACCGCGUUUUGCAGCAUGGGGUGUUCCUGAGCUUCGGGCCCUUGAAAUACAUAUAUCUCCACCAUACGAAGAUGUCCAACUACCGCUAUAUCGACGACGCGGAACGCCCUUGCUACCAGCGCGAGGAUUUGUCGAGGAUUGAGAAAAAUGUGGUCGUGCUUGUCAAGGUGGUCGCCGUGAGAUGGUCGGGCUUCCGAAUGGAUUCAGAAGGCCCUUGUUUCAAGGUUGUUGAAGGCCCUUAUUUCAAGGUUGUUGUCACCGUUGAUGGAGAUUCUCUUGGACCGGUGUCGCUGGCCGGCGACGGAUUAGACUUCCCAUGUUCUGAUCUGUUGUUGUAGAUAGUUUUCCGCUUUAGCACUUAGCAUACUCUUAAAGACGUCUUUCAAUCGUCAAAUUCUCUUAGACCACAUCUCAUGACUUUCAAAUUCACUUACGAGAGUAAGGAACGUUGAAGGUCAAGACUGCUUGUACUUAUUGAGGGGGAUUGGUGGUGUCACGAGAGUGAGACAAACACCGUGUUUCGAUUCGACUUAACAUUGGAUCACGAGAGUGGCGUGUUAGAACACCGAGUUGGUGUUGACAAUUUUGGAACGCAAGGUUGAGUUUGACUCCCCUUAAUUCCAUAGGUUAUUGUAGUAUCUAUAAGGUGAUCAUAUUCCUUUAAC